AAUGGUCGAGAUUUAUUCCUUCAAAACAACGGUAUGAUUAAGAUAUUGAAAGUAAGAGUAAGUAUUAUAUCAGACAAUAUCUGUAUAUUUAACCAGUUUUCAUGGACUUGACAUAUGAGCAGAGGAUGACAUUAACAGGGCUAUUUCACGAAUUCUCAAGUUUAUGCAAAAUUUGCAUAAUAUUUGCAAAGUGAGUCAUUAAAUCAGUCCAAAGUCCUGUUUGUAACAAUCUUACGAAAAGACUUCGCAAGCCAAUUAAUAUACAAGUUGAAGCGAAUAUUUGUCCCAAUAUAUACGUCCAUAAGCAUGAUAAUCCUUGUUAUGACAUUGUGGAACGGGAGCGAUUUUCUCAUUCAAUCUAUAUGAUAUUUGCAGAAUACUCACAAGUGAUUAAGCCACUAAACAAAAAGUGUUUGCCUGUGAUAGUCACGCUUUCCGCCUAAUCAAAGCUGUAUUGAAAGAGAAAACUUGAAGGUUGCUGAUAGACUCCUGUGUCUACUCAAUUGUCUUCGCACCCUGUGACUCUAUUGUUUUAAUUAACCAAUGGCAAUUACUGGCGGACUCUUCAAUCGCGAAGCUGCUGAGCAGAGAAUUGUAAUUAGACACCAGUUCCCAAUGAUUAAUUAAAACGCGCCCGCAUAACCACUUAUAACAACAGUCAAUUGAGCGGCCAGCGGUAUGCGAUUGCUUGUAAUUAAGAAUAAUUUGAAUAGGAGCUAGACAAAAGCAUUAUCUUAUGUACAAAUGCGAAAAAUUGGCCUCUUCAGACCUGGUUGUCGAUGAGUUACUUUGAAUCCGCAAAGACGAAUAGAAAGAGGCCAGUGAAAAUCAAGGGAACAAUCAAAAGGGACAGGCAGUCACAGGUCUAAAUUAUGGUAUGCAUUCGCAGACGGAAGAAGCCUUGCAUCCAUCCUAACUGCAUUUCGCUCUGCCGAUUUUAACACGGAAAGAAGGCGACACAACACCAGCAAUUUGGUUUCGCUUGCAAGGCCAGUUGAUUGCCCCAUUUAGCAGGUGCCUCAACCAGAUUAAUAUAUUUGAGAUUCAAUUUACUGAAGAUAAUCAAAAUGGCGGACAACAGUACCCAGUUUUCCCAUGACGUCAAUCGAGCGAUUCAUGAUUUGAGAGACAAAUUUAAACAUGGCAAUCAUAUUAUAAAAAUAUUGGAAAGCCAGUUGGAGACAGCGCGGCAAAACAUUAGUUUACUUCAAGGACAGGUUCGUCUGGCUAACGAAACUAUAGAUAACUUGAAGCAGCAAUUUAACGAAGCCGAACUGACAUUGGCCUAUUUGAGUGACAACAGCAAGGGAAGUAACGAAAGAAGAGUGAACGCAAGGCAGCCGGUUAGAGAGAUGGAGGAGUUCGGGCAAGGAACUGUGUACGUUUCAAGGAGUGAAGACCAUGAUGGUCACAGAAGAGAAUAUGAAAAGCACUCGCCAAAAGGUGGAGUUAUUAUCCCUAAGUCGAAUGAAGGCGUUAUUGGAGAUAAUGACCAGGCAGAGCGAACAAAGUCGCCCGCAUCACACGAAAAGACUGUCUAUGGCCAUGAACGGCCUAAGUCCCCAUAUGCUCAGCAACUGAGGCAAGUGCUGGAUGCCCUACAGGAUGAAGACUCCAGGAAAAUGAACGUUUCGGCUGUUCAGGAGCCACUGAGGGAGGUACCUACAAGCAGUCAUAGCCAGCCGGCAGUUUGUGAUUGCCCGGAUUGCAUUCCUCCGAGUAGCACCAGCCAUCGGCAUUAUCAGUCAAGUGCACUGGUAAGAGGCGCUUCUUGUGGAUGUGAAUUUGCAGGUAGUGAGAUACAUUAUCACGAAGAGUGUAGUAAACAUACGGUCAAGGCAAUGACACGUGCAGGCGAUGACAGCCCCAUGAACCGCCCCAGCUCCAGGCAUGUGUCCCACCACGAAAAUGUUUCUACAGCCCAUGUUACCAAUGUGACGCACUCAUCACAUCAAGUCGAUUAUUCGUCCCAGUGUACCGGCCCUUGCUGCUCGUCGAUUGACUUGUCUAAAGGCUAUAAAAUCGUAGAGAAAUCUCCUGGCCUGCCACAUUACAUUGCACCAAGAUCUCCACGCCGUCACAAACAACACGAACUUCGUCAUGAUCCACAUUGUCAAAUGGUAGGUCAUUGCGAUGACAAAUGCCGUUGUCAUACAUUUGUCAAUUAUGCUCCAUUUGGUUAUCAAGUUCUUGAAAGUGCUCCAGGGGUCCCACAGACAAUCCAGCCAAUUUCACCUGGGGUAUUGAGCAAGAAGACAAAGAGAUACCUUCCACUUGCCCCUGGAGAUGAGCCCCCACAUCUAAAGUACACGAAAGUGAAGAGGAUUGAUGGCAGCAAGGUCGCUGCGCAGAAGACUAUUCAAGACUUCUCCAAGCGGAGGUUGCAACCGUAUAACCCUCGAUGGGAUCUUGAUUUACUGAUCGUCCCCCCGCCAAUGCCCGCUUCUGAGCUGUUCACUGCCCUUGGACUAGAGCAAGAAGCGGCGAAUUUUCAGCCGGGUCGUGAAAUCACAGCAAGUGACAGCAUUCUGUCAAAUGAAAGCAUGUCUAUAGAGAAUAGAUGUUAUGAAAGCCCUGUUUUGAAAAGUAAAGUUAUAAACGCUGGGGGUACUGUUAUAGUAUUAACAGAAAGUGAUUCGAGAGUCCCAGUAACACAUACAGUUCCUGGAACUGAACAUGCGGAAACUUCGAUGCAACACACGGGGUCAUUCGGGAAUCAGACUUCAUUUACUGAAGAUCAAGAACUAUUGCCUCAGCGCGACAAUGGACUAUUAGAAACCCAUGAAAUUAAGAUGGAGAAAAAUUCUGAUAGCGAAGCCAACGGACAAGCGGACGCAGAGAGCAAGCCUGCCAUACACAGUGAAUUUCAAAUACAUGGCUCACCUGGGAUAUUUGUAGGAAACAAAGACAGCUCCGAAAUGGUGAUUGUCAAAUCCAAUGUUUCUGAUUUACCUCGUGCGAUGCUUAAUAAAACGCCAGGAGGUUGUAAUACAGGGUAUGACGAUUCAAGCUUUAGAUCAAAGUCACAAGGCAAAAUGGAGGUUGAAACCGAGCGAAAUAACAACUCAUUUCCCAAACGAACAAUGGCAAGUUUAGUAUCAAGAGAAACUCAGGAUGGACACAAUGAGACUGUGCUAGAUGGCACAAGCAACCUGACAGCUAGGUACGAAAAAGUUUUGUUUCAGCGCAACCAGGACUAUAGUCGGUUGACAGCUGACGAUGAAUACAUCAUUAAUAACAGAGCCAAAGGGAAAGUUCAUUAAAUUUUCGUAUUCUAUGAUUGAAGCAUAAUCGCUUGUUUUGCUUAAAGAAGCAAGGAAAUCAUUUUUUGAUCAAAAAUGCGUUUUGGUAAUUGAUUUAAUAAAAAAAAUUGCCCGAGGAGGGUUUCAUAAUGUGCGCAAAGAUGAUAUAUGAAGCCAAAGGCGACAAAGCACGUGGUGUCAAACCAAUCUAAUUUUUAUAAGGACGAAGCCAGCGCCUUUCGAGGUGAAGCUCGCGUUGGUUUGGCUCUGCUGUGGGAUUUAAGAUUAGGUGUAUAAUUCGAUGGGAACAUAAAUUAAUUCGCGUGUAUUCAAGAAUUAACAAUUCUCAAGUCACUGUCCUUUUUUUAUACCAAGAUAGACUUUGGUUGACAUUCAGAAUCAUAAUGAGCGAAGUUGGAUGAGCGAUUAUCCAGGUCGAGGGCUCAGAGGAAAAUGCCACUGCAAACCGGUAGAAUUGAACUCUUUUGGAUGUCUGCCUCAUUUUGAAGAUAAAAUAAUAUCGACAGUCUGUGAAUACUUUGCGUUGAACAGCCCAUACCCAGCCGGAGUCACAACGAACGAUGAUCGAACGAGCCUAAGAUAUUUGUCCUGCAUGUAUUUAAUCGAAAUUUUGAUUAUAAUUCUGAAAAUUUAUAGUAAUCACGAACAAGAUUGAUUGAAAAUAGGAUGCACCAGGCAAGGAUUUUGAUGGUUUUAAACUGCAUUUCUGCAAUUUGUGUUUUAUAAACUAAAUUUACGACAAGUAUAUAAAUUUAAUGAUUUUUAUACGGGAGCCAUUUUGACUUUUGAUUAGGUACUGAGGUAAAACAUAUAUUAGCUGUUAUUAAUUAUUAGUUAGAUGAUAUAGCAGUUGAAUACGACUGCACUGUAGUUUUUUAUCGCUGUCCAAGGUAUUCUUGUUUCAAUUUAAAACUGACAAGGCUGUGUGUCAGUACCCUUCAACGAUGUUGUGAUUAUGUUUUUAUGUUUUUGAAAUGAAUCUGUGGUUUAGUCAAUAAAGACCUUAUCCCUGCAACAAAUGUGUUGUGUAAGCUUUAAUUGCUAGUAACUAGCCCCAAACUUCCAUAUAUUGCCCGUUUAAUAAGGCUUUUGGUUAAGCAGACUCUGGCAGGACAGCCUGUUAAUUGCUUUGAUGAUGUUGAAGCCGAUGGUGUAUUGAUCAAGAGUAAAUUGAAAGGCAAUUCAAGUAAACAUUGGUACAAAUUCUGUUGACGAGAUUUGCUUAUUUCCAAAAUGCUAAGAAUCGUGCCUAUCUGCCUGUGAGCUAGAACCCCUGUAAGUUAAAGGGUUUCCCUUUAUUUGCAAUAAACUUGUUCAAUGUGUACCCUUUUUUAGGUAACCUUUCUUGAUCCUCUAUUUAGGUAAUCUUUCUUGCCCCUCUAUCUUUGGCCCCACGAUACCCUACAACCCCACGGAGGGGUUUACUUUUCUUUUUUGUUACUUGAAAUGUCUUUCCAAAAGUAAAGUUGACAAAUUUUGAGGGACGCCGGAGAAGGGGGCGCGGGGGGUCAUCCACCCUAUUGCCUUUGAUAGGAGGAGCCGGAAUGGCCAAAGGGCCAUUUUCAUUAAAGUGCCCUUGAAACUGACCAAUUGUAAUAACCAGAGAGAUUCAUAUGAAAUUCUGAUUGUAAUGUUUAAUUCACGGCGAAGUUUCUCAAAACUUGUUAAAUUAAUUCUUAUGCCAAAAGUUAGCCAAUGUUCAAGAGACCUACAGAAGAUCGAAAUAAAAUGGCAGUUACGAAGGAAUUUGUAGAAGCUGAGAGUUAUUUUUCAAAUGCCCUUUUACUCAAGCCUGCCCCCUUGCCCCUUGGUCGUUCCGGCAUCCCUGCAAAUUUUGUUCGGUUCUUCUAUCCUUCCAACGUGUUUUUCCAAUGAUAUUUACCGACGAAACACAGUUUCAUUUAAUCAUACAGAAAUUAUUGAAGGUUGUAAUUUUGAUGUGCAAAGAUUCAUAGAAUCUUUCGUUUUAUCGUAUCAUUGAGAUAGUAACUGAGAUUUUAAAAAAAUUAGAGUGGAUGACGGCCUAGCCCCUAUACAUAGAAGAUUCUUUUUGAAAUGUUUAGAUCUUUGAAGGAAUAAAUUUUCGUACUAGAUUACGUAAUAGAUCAUUAGUUAGCAU